AUGUACCUAGAUCAGAAAUUAACAUUUGUACCUCACAUAAAAAAUGUUGCUUCAAAGUUCGCCGAAGGCCUGGGCUUAAUCAACAAAUACAAAUUUUAUCUUCCCGCAGAAAGUCACACGCAGGAACCGCUGCAACAAGCACGAAAUGUGGUUAGUUGCGAAAAAGGGUCCCUGCUGUCGCCUGAUCUGGCGCUGAUCAUUUUACAUAUUGCCUUAAGAAAUUUAAGGGUGUUUGGGUCCAUCGGGCCGAGAACCUUGAUACAUAUUGGCAAGAAUUCCAUCGAGGGGAGGGCGUUCCCAUAUUUUUUCAUUUUCUCGUCCGCUGCCCUGGCCGCGGCCAAACCGCAUUUUUUACGUGUCAGGUUUACAUAUCGUUCGGCAAAGGUGCCAGGGACCGUAACAUUCCACGCCUACCACCAUGCGCAGAAAUGCCGGAUGCUGAAAUUUGCAAAAACGCAUCAUAAUCGUAUUAAUGAAAACCCUUCAGAGAGACGGACACGUGAAGAAAACUCUGAAUUUCUUGGAAUCUCCUGGCAACUUACAAACGAUGAAUACUUCACCGCAGUGGAAACAAUGAGCUAUUGA